AUGAAAUCAUGUUCAGCAUCAUCGCCGGAAGAGGAUAAUGUCCUCCUCAAUGCCGAAAUUGAGAACACCAUCAUGACCACCAUUCAAAACGAACCAACAACAACCACUACAAUGAUGAGCUCAGAGGAAAAUGUUGCUUCCGAUAUUGAGAAUGAAUCUACCAUGAGCUCAUCGUCCUCUUCGAGUAGCAGCGAGGAACAAUCCAUGUUAUUCUGUGGCUCAUUCUCGGGAUCUCAAAUUAUCAAGAUGGCAGAGGCUCAAAACAGCCUUCAAUCGCCACAACAACAAGGGCAAACAACAGCAACGUUAGCCUCCUCCUCCCGUGUAUCACUUCCUCCUCAUCAUCCAAAGAUUUAUUCUCAUCAAACUGGCAACGAUGGCCAUGUGAUGCUGGAAACAAACGAACAUUCCUCAUUAGGCAGUUGCCCUUUCCUUAAUGAAACAGAUCACACGAAAGAAGACGACAACAUGUCUCAUGUAACAAGCAGCAUUGUGAACCAACAACAACUCGGUGAUCAGCAAUCACAACGUUCUCAACCUGAGGAGGGUAUGGAUACAUCAUUCCAUGGCCAUAACCCUCCUUCCAAUCAGGAUGACCAUGAAAGAGAGGAUGGAUUGAGCUCUUUGCAACAACAGGGAUGUAUCUAUGCUACUUCACGUACUCUUGAAAACAUUCACAACAAUAGAUUUGCCUCAGCCAUGGACUUCGAUUUUAAAAGUGAUAAGGCCAUUAAUGAAGCCGCCUCUAAGCCCAGGUUGCUGAGAAGUUCUUCCAAUCAUUCAAAUCAACUCCAUGGUGUGACGCAUUCAAAUAAUUCUCAAUCAAUAGUGACCCUUGCCGAAGUAGAACAUUGUCCCAAUGAUUGUACUGUUGUUUCUCACUCAUCGUCAUCACCGACAGAAGACGAAACAUCCAUUUCAUCAUACUGUCAUUCUGACGAGAGUUACGACUCUGAUUCUAGGAGUCAUCUUCUUUUAAGAGCAAUCUACAAUGCCCAGCUUAGUGCAGCCAUUCACAUUGAAAAUCCUUCACGACUCUUCCUUGACUUGUUGAACGAAGUAUUAUGCUUGUUGAGAUGUGGCUAUGGGUUUAUCGGAGAACUAAAACUUGACGAGUAUGGAAAACCAUUCUUGCAUUCACAUGCACUCUCCUUUGCCAAAACUAAGUUAACUGACGAAGCACGAGAUUUGUUCAACCGAGUAUCUUCGUGCAACUUCAAAUUCAAUAACAUGAAUACUCUCUUUGGACAUGUAUUAAUGACCGGUGAAGCAAUUGUUACAAACGAUCCCAAGAAUCAUCCGAAGCGAAGUCCUACUCAUCUGCCCAAAGGUCAUCCUCGAAUGGAUUCGUUUCUUGGAAUACCGUUGCAUUUUAAUAAUGAACUUGUGGGCAUGAUUGGUCUUGCCAACAAGGAAGGAGGAUUUCACAACGAAGACGUAACAUUUUUGGAGCCUCUCUGUACAACCUGUAGUUCCAUCAUUGUAGCGUGGAGAUAUUAUUUGGACAGAGAGGAGGCACGGGAGAAGCUUCGCUUAUCGAAUUUAAAUUUAGAACACAAAAUUUUCCAAAGAACUCAGGAGUUGUUGCAGUCGAACAGCAAACUAAGCGAAGAGGUGGAGAGGAGAAGAAAAAUCGAGCAAGAGUUGCUUGAACAGCAGAAAAUAUCGCAAAGAGUAAUGUUGGAAAAGGAGAAUUUUUUGAGAAAUGUUUCUCAUGACUGUAGAACUCCAUUGAAUGCAAUUUUAGGGUUUAGCGACCUUCUCUUGAGAUCUGUGGAUGAGUUUCCAAUCUCAAAUCAACAAUUAGAGUUUAUCAAUCUCAUCAAAACGAGUGGAGAAUCAAUGUUGUCUUUGAUUAAUGAUUUUUUGGAGAUUAUGAAAUUAGAACAACAAAUGAAGCUCAAUAAUGAAUUAUUUUCCCCAUGUGAACCCUUUGAAGAGGUGUUGGACCUUGUUGUUUUGGAAUGUGAUAAAAAGAAACUCGAUCUAAUAAUUGAUUAUCAUCCAGAUUUCAACUUUUCAACUAUUUUAUACACAGACAAGGGUAAAAUGAAGCAAGUUCUGUUGAACUUGCUUUCAAAUGCUGUCAAGUUCACAACUUUUGGAUAUAUUUACAUUCGGGUGAAAAUGGUAACUCACCAAGAUGGAUUCACAGAAAUGGAAGUUUGUGUCAAAGAUACAGGCAUAGGAAUUGAAAAGGAAAAUUUAAGCAAGAUAGGUCAACCGUUUGUUCAAUUCAAAACAAAACAAGAGUCAAAAGGAACAGGCUUGGGUGUUUCAAUAUCAAAAAUGAUUGCACAAGGAUUGGGAGGAAACUUGAAGGUUGAUUCUCAAGGAAUUGGAUGCGGUUCUGAAUUUACAUUCACUUGCAAAGUGCCUUACAAAACUUUCAAGGAUUUGACAACUGAGGAGCAACAGGCCAUUCAUCAACGUGAAAUGGUUAAAUUCGAGUCCCUUAAUGAGAUACUUCAACGUGAUGUAACCUACUUUAUGGAAACGGAACAGUGUAACGAGUUCAAAAUUUUAAUCCUCGAUCGAAGUAAUUUAUUUGCGGAUAGUCUUUCCCACAUGAUUGAUAAUAUUGACACGGUAGUAAGAAAGAUCAUAUUUGUUUGUGAUAGUAAGAAGACCCUGAAGACAGAAAUCCAAAAUCAAAUUCAGUCGUGUGGAGAGUUUUGUAAGAUCAUAAUAUUUGUCGAUGCCAUGCUGUUGUUCGAUGAGUCUAUUUCGGAACGUUCACUCUCUGAUAUUUAUGCUGCUUUGGAUAUCCCAAUUGAAUUGAGCUUGCAACAUCAUAAUACUUCGUUGCAAGAGCCAACGCGGCAACCUUGUGUGAGAAUUAUACCAAUGCUUCAGCAGUCAAUUUUUUAUGGAACAUCUGUCAUUCCACUUUCUGAGUAUGCAUUAAUGAAACCCAUAUUCAAGGUAGAAGAUAUUGCCAAGAUAUUAUUUCCCUCCAUAUUUGUAAGUCUUGGAAAUGCUUACCAGAGUAGAAAGCAAUCACUGAGUGAUGCAGAUGAAUCUUUGCUGUCUACAGCAGCAUCAUUUUCAGUUUUGGUUGUCGAUGAUAAUGCGAUCAACGCCAAGGUUAUCUCUCACAUGCUGUUCAAACUGGGCAUUCGCAAUGUUACUACUUGCACUAGUGGAGAAGAAGCCAUUGAAUAUGUCAAGAAAAAGUAUUACAAUUUGAUCUUUCUUGAUUUGUUGAUGGAUGGACUGAAUGGCACCGAGACGUCACGAAUAAUUAACAUGACAUGUCGUCAUAACGCUCCUUGUAUCAUCUUACUCACUGCUAAUCUUAUUUCAGAAAGAGAGCGCGAAGAAUUGAUCAACAAUAAUGUGAAACAUUUCAUGACGAAACCCGUUCGAUUCACAGAUGUACGCCAAAAGAUUAUCCAUAUAUUGAGAAGUCAAUUGAAUGCCUUAACACAGUAA